UGCGAGGGCCGGGGCGGGAGGCAGGCGGGACCCAGCCCCGCCGCCAGCCCCACUUUUGUGGUGCCGCCGCCGUCGCGGUCUCCCCUUUCUCCGCGGGGCUGGCCGCGGGGCGGGCGAUGCUCCGGGCUCCCUGAGCCGCCGCACCGCGUCCCCGGCCGAGGUGCCCCGCGGAGCGGCGCGGUCGAGCGGCGGCUCCCCGGCGCGCCCCGUGUCCCCCGGCCCGCCGUCCCCAGGCCGCGCGGAGGUCGCGCAGGAUGCCGCGGAGGGGAGCGGAGGCGCCGCUGGCCCUGCUGCUGGCGGCGGCGUGGCUGGCGCAGCCCCUGCGCGGCGGCUACCACGGCGUGAGCAUGUUCGCCGUGCAGAGCGCCCAGCCCGACCCCUGCUACGACGAGCACGGGCUGCCCCGCCGCUGCAUCCCCGACUUCGUCAACUCGGCCUUCGGGAAGGAGGUGAAGGUGUCCAGCACCUGCGGGAAGCCGCCGUCGCGGUACUGCGUGGUGACGGAGAAGGGCGAGGAGCAGGUCCGCACCUGCCACCUCUGCAACGCCUCCGACCCCAAGCGCGCCCACCCGCCCUCCUUCCUCACCGACCUCAACAACCCGCACAACCUGACCUGCUGGCAGUCCGACAGCUACGUCCAGUAUCCCCACAACGUCACCCUCACCCUGUCCCUCGGCAAGAAAUUCGAGGUGACCUACGUCAGCCUGCAGUUCUGCUCGCCGCGCCCCGAGUCCAUGGCCAUCCACAAGUCCAUGGACUACGGCAAGACCUGGGUGCCUUUCCAGUUCUACUCCACGCAGUGCCGCAAGAUGUACAACAAGCCGAGCCGCGCCGCCAUCACGAAGCAGAACGAGCAGGAGGCGGUGUGCACCGACUCGCACACCGACGUGCGGCCCCUCUCCGGCGGCCUCAUCGCCUUCAGCACCCUGGACGGCCGCCCCACCGCCCACGACUUCGACAACUCGCCCGUGCUGCAGGACUGGGUGACGGCCACCGACAUCAGGGUGACCUUCAGCCGCCUGCACACCUUCGGCGACGAGAGCGAGGACGACUCCGAGCUGGCCCGCGACUCCUACUUCUACGCCGUGUCCGACCUGCAGGUCGGCGGGCGCUGCAAGUGCAACGGGCACGCGUCGCGCUGCGUCCGGGACCGCGACGACAGCUUGGUGUGCGACUGCAAGCACAACACGGCCGGCCCCGAGUGCGACCGCUGCAAGCCCUUCCACUACGACCGGCCCUGGCAGCGAGCGACGGCCCGGGAGGCCAACGAGUGCGUGGCCUGCAACUGCAACCUGCAUGCGCGGCGCUGCCGCUUCAACAUGGAGCUGUUCAAGCUGUCGGGGCGCAAGAGCGGCGGCGUGUGCCUCAACUGCCGGCACAACACGGCGGGCAGGCACUGCCACUACUGCAAGGAGGGCUUCUACCGCGACCUCAGCAAGCCCAUCUCCCACCGCAAGGCCUGCAAAGAGUGCGACUGUCACCCCGUGGGUGCCGCCGGCCAGACCUGCAACCAGACCACGGGCCAGUGUCCCUGCAAGGACGGCGUCACCGGCAUCACCUGCAACCGCUGCGCCAAGGGCUACCAGCAGAGCCGCUCGCCCAUCGCCCCCUGCAUAAAGAUCCCGGCCGCGCCGCCCACCACGGCCGCCAGCAGCGCCGAGGAGCCCGCAGAUUGUGACUCGUACUGCAAAGCCUCCAAGGGGAAGCUGAAGAUCAACAUGAAGAAGUACUGUAAGAAGGACUAUGCUGUCCAGAUCCAUGUUCUGAAGGCAGAGAAGAACGCGGACUGGUGGAAGUUCACGGUGAACAUCAUCUCCGUCUACAAGCAGGGCAGCAACCGCAUCCGGCGCGGCGACCAGACCCUGUGGAUCCACUCCAAGGACAUCGCCUGCAAGUGCCCCAAAAUCAAGCCCAUGAAGAAGUAUUUGCUGCUGGGCAAUAACGAGGACUCUCCCGACCAGAGCGGCAUCAUUGCAGACAAAACCAGCCUGGUGAUCCAGUGGCGGGACACGUGGGCCCGGCGGCUCCGGAAGUUCCAGCAGCGGGAGAAGAAGGGGAAGUGUAAGAAAGCCUAAAGGAGGAGGAGGAGGAGGAGGAGAGGGAGAGACUGACUGUGCAUGCUGCUUUGUGUAGAGCUGGGGCGGGCAGGGACCG